ACUAACCGUUUGUUGUGGCCGUGGAUUCACGAGCUUCUUGUGAAAUAGUUGUGCGUUAAUGUUUAUUUUGAUUUAAUUGUUUAAGUUUUUUUAUAUAGCAUGUGAAAGCAGGUAUUAAUCUAACGUUUCAUAAGUGACUACUAUAGAUAUAAAGUAAAAGUAUGCAAUAACAAAAGAAGAUUUUAAUUUUUCCAUUCAUUAAACAAUAUUUGUUUAAUAAGUGCAAAGAUAUUUUAUUUUUAAUGUGACAUAAUUAAUCGAAAGUUUUAUCACAAGAAGAUGGAUAACAUAUUAGAUUCUAUUGGGUCUUCUUAUAAUAAUCCUCCAGAUGACAUGUCAUAUUUAUUUGGCAGAGAUCCUAGUAUAUUAGCCUAUGGAAAGAGACCUUGUGUUUUAAAGGAAACUAAGAAAAAUUUACUUUCUGUUUAUGACGCUGAAACUCAGAGUGAAGAAUCCAAUUACACUGUACAAAGUGGUUCUUUAAAUUCAGAAUCAGAAACUUUACAAACAGUUAAAGUAUAUUUACGAAUGAAACCAUUCCCUAAGAAAUUAAAAUUAUCUGAAGAGCAACAAGAUGCAUACAAAAUUAUCAAUUCUACUACUUUGUUCACAAAAUUGCCUACUUUAGAUAAUAAUACCAGCUGUCUCAAGAGAUCCAAUAGUACUGAUAUUGUGUGUAGAAAGUUUACAUUUACUAAAACCUUUGGACCAGAAACUACUCAGCUAGAAUUGUUUGAACAAUCUAUAAAGCAGCAAAUGAUAGAUUUUUUAAGUGGACAGAAUUGUACUAUCAUGACUUAUGGUACUACAAAUUCCGGAAAAUCUUAUACAUUACAAGGGACUACCACAUCCCCUGGAAUAGUACCAAGAUGUUUAGAAUUUGUAUUUUCAAACAUUACACCAAAGUCUACUCCUUCUUAUAAACCUAUGAAUCACUGUGAUAUUGUUAUUUUGGAUCCUCUUGAACGUGCUCAAGAAUUAGAGAUAAAAACCAAGUUACUAACAUUUGCUUCUGUAGAUAAAUAUCAGUUUAUUAAUGCUUAUAAAGAUAUGCAAAAAUUAUUGCAAGAGGAAUCACCUAUUAGACCUAGUCAAUGUAUUGGUGCACAUUAUUCUGUUUGGGUUUCUUUCGCUGAAAUUUAUAAUGAAAUUGUAUAUGAUCUUUUAUCAAAUGAAUGUCAGAAAAAGAGAACGCCUCUUAAAUUAGCAACAGAUACCCAUGGAAGAACAUUUAUUAAAGGUUUAAAAACUGUUUGUGUGAACUCUGGUUCUGAGGCUUAUCAAGUUCUAAUGGCAGGACAAUAUAAUUUGAAAGUAGCUGCAACUGCUUUGAAUGCAAGAAGUUCAAGAUCACAUUGUAUAUUCACCAUAAAAUUAUUGAAAUAUUAUGUUGAGAAUGACCCCAGUUCUGUUGAAGUUAGCACGUUUGCAUUUUGUGAUUUGGCUGGAUCGGAACGAUUAAAAAAAACCUUAAAUAUUGGAGACAGAUUAAAAGAAGCACAAAAUAUUAAUACAAGUCUCCUAGUAUUAGGAAGAUGUUUAAAAAACAUUCAUGAAGGACAGUUAUCGAAACAGAAAAUAGAACAUAUUGGCCCAUUCAGAGAAUCAAAAUUAACAAGACUAUUUCAAAAAGCAUUAUCUGGAAAAGAGCAUAUAAUUUUAAUAGUCAAUAUUAAUCCUAUACCAAAUUUGUACAUAGAAACACAAAAUGUGCUCAAUUUUUCUGCUAUUGCAAAAAAGAUAGUUAUAGAAAAAGAGAAAGUAUGCAAGAAAACUAAAUCAAGAUUUUCACGAAUAGUUACACAAAGCAUAAAAACAGAAACUGAUUGGGAUGCUACAGAACUGGAAAGUGAAGAUUGGGAAAAUAUAGUUGAUGAUAACUCUGAUUAUACUCAGUCAGAAGAUUACAAUGAGUUAAUAAGUGAAAAUAAAAGAUUGAAAAAAGAACUUGCUACUUUAAAAAGUUCUGCAUUGACUCGCGAUCUGCAGAUACGCGAAGAAAUGGCUGACACUUAUACAUCUAUAAUGAAAAAUCUUGAAACAGAAUGGAAGAAUCGUAUGAAAGACGUGGAAGAACAACAAGAAGAUGUACUUCACUGGUCUGUAAAACAAGUUGAAGAUUUUUAUAAGGAAAAAUUGGAACAACUUAAUAGUCGUAAAAGAAGACGUUCGUCUGUUUCUAUUAAUAAUUUAGAUCUAAAUGAUGACACCAAAAACAUUGAAGAAUUAGAAAUUGAAAAUUCACACUUAACAUCGAAGAUCAUCUUGUUAAAAAAUAGCGUGAAGGAACUUAAGGAAACAAAUCAAAACUUAAUGGCUGAAAAAACUAAAAUAACUUUCGAGCUCGGUUUGUCAAAGGAAGAUCUAAAAAAUGCAAACAAUUUAUUAAAUGCAGUUCAAAAGGAUGUCUGUUCGGAUGAAGAUACAAUUCGCUAUGUAGAAGAAUUAAGAUCUCAAUUAUCUGCCAGGGAGGAACAGGUUAAGAAACUCAAGAUAUUUUUAAAUGAAGCAAAACAAGAAUAUAUUGAUAUUACUACAAAAGAGAGAGAAAAAGAACGUAUAAUUAAAGAGCAAGAAGAAGAGUUAUAUGAAAAACAAGAAGCAAUAGAUGAUUUAGAAGCAGAACUUGCACAUAUUAAUUUGUGUUUAACAGAAGAAACUAAAACAGUUGAUAUAUUUGAAGAAAAAUUAGAAAAUCAAAAUAAAAUUAUACUGAAUUAUGAAAACAAAAUACAAGAUUUGGAAGAUCAAAUAUGUAAAUUGGAAAAUGAGAACUUGUUAUUAAAUGAAUUUGAAUUACUCAAAAAAACAGUUGAUACUACAAAGAACAUAGAACAAGAUUGGGAAUAUAAAGAUAAUGAAUAUAAAGACAUUAAAGGUAGAAAUAAAAAUAUUGCCAUUGAAGAAGAUUUAUCUUCUGAUCUCAAAGUAGAAGUAGUAAUAGUAGAUUCAAAUAAUAAGCAUACACAGACAGAACAUAUAUCCGAUGCUCAAAUGGAAGAAAUGGUAUUGGCAGUAGGCAAAGAAAAUUCUGCUCUGAAAGAAAAAUUAGUUCGAAGUACAACUGAAAUACAAAGUUUAAAACAAGAACUGGAGUUUGCCAAAGUCAAAUUAAAAGAUAUAUCUGAACAGAUAUGUAAUUUAAAAAUGAAUAGUACACAAUCUAAAAAUCGCAAUGAUGAAAGUGUAAAAGAGAAAGUAGCAGUAGAAACAGUAGACAUAAGUUGUCAAGCGCACGUAGAAUCUAAUGAAGCUUCCUUACAAACAUCUAAGAACGAUAUAUUCAAUAAAAGUAGUCAAACUAUUGAAAAUGUGAUAAAAGAAGAGGCUAACCAGACAAGUUUUACUGAAGAGACAGAUGAUUAUGAGAUUAUAUUAGAUAAAUUGACAAAAUUGAUGGUAAAAUAUGAUGACAUUAAAACACAGUAUGAAGAAAAAUGUCUGAUGAAAGAAGAGGUGGACCAAAAGGUAUUAGGUUUAGAAGAAAAAAUAAAAAAACUUGUUGAAGAAAAUAAUGAAAGUAAGACUAAUGCAGAAGAAUAUAAACAAUCGAUUGAUUUGCUUCAGGAAGAACUUUCUUUAAUGAAGCAAGAUAAAAUGCAGAUUCAAGAGACAUUAAAAAAUGCAGAUAAUACUAAGACUUCUUUAAAAACAGAAAUUAGCGAUUACGAACAAGAAAAUAAAGAGAAUGACGGGCAGCUUCCUUUCACUAAAAGUGACUGUAGUGAGUGUAAGGAAAAAUUGAGCGCGUUGCAAGCAGAAUUUGAUAAUAAUAUUUCAAAGGUAUGUAUAAGUAAUAUCACCAUUCUUUACAGGAAUAUGACCUGUUUAAUUUUAUUUUAGUGUAAAAAUGAACACGAAGAAGCAACAAAUAAGUUACAAAAAGAACUUUCAUCCAUAGUAGAAAAGUAUAAUAUCAAGUCGCAGUGUCUCGAUGCUCAUGCCGCUAAAAUAGUAGAGCUAGAACGUAAUCUUGAUAGUAUAACUGAGCUUCAGGAAAAAAUUCGCGAAUUAGAUAAGAAUUUAGAAACAUGUCAAGUUGAAAAAGAUCAGCUGCAAAAGUUAUUGGAUGAGAAUAAUGAUAAACUUUUACAACUUGAAAAUCGUUUGGGACAAGCAGAAGAACAAGAGCGAGAGAAAGAUGCUGAAAUUAUUUCUCUUCAAAAAGAAAUGAAAUUUAUGAUACAAAAACACGAAGAAGAUGAUGAUAGAAGCGAUAAAUUAAUGGAAAUAGAAAUGAAGAGUACAAUUCAGAAUCUAAUAGAUACGAAAGAAAUGCUUGCUCAAAAACAAGAAUAUAUCGAACAGUUAGAAAUGCGUGUUAAACAUAGCGAGCAAAAUGCCAAAAUAUUAGCUCUUUUAGAACAAACUACUCAAGAAAGGAAAGAGGAGAAUGAAAGGUUAAGAGCAGUAAACGAUGAACUGAGGAAUGGCUUGGUUGAGAAAGAGCGUGAAAUGGAAUCAUUUAUGAAGAAUAGAGAUGAGAUGGUGACGAAGUAUGAAAGCUUAGUAAAAAGUCAACAAGAAGAGUUAGAAAAGCAAAAGGUAUCUUCAUUACAAAAUUAUAUAGUUUAACUAACUUUCUUUAAUAACUGCCUUUUGUAGUUAAUAAAGAAUCAUUCUAAAGAUAAAGAGUGUUGUGAAAAUACAUCUGAAGACGAGGUGAUGCUUAAAGAUCGUCGAGUAAGACGUCCACCAAAGAAGUUUACACCAUCGUCCCCGAAACAGGAUGAAAUUUCAGUGAUCGAUCUUUCUGCCUCGGAUUCAAAACGAAGUGCAAAACGCACUACUACUUUACCAUCUCGGGAAACAGCUUCGGAAAGGAAGAAAAAUACUCGUAGAAAGAAAUUAUACAUUACAGAAGAUGAAUCUUUCCAAGAUAUUGAACCGCUCGAGAGUACAAUAACUAUCACACCGUCAGUACCAACUCGUAAUUUAAGAAGCAGGCGAAAAUGAUACAUUCUACAAUAUAUUAUAUCGUUUAAUGUAUUAUAAAUAGAUUGUGUUAAUUAAGAACAAAUUAAUAAAAAGCAGUAGUAUUUUUGUAUUUUUAAAA